GGCAAAAAAAAAAAAACGCUCGAGCAGCCAACAGAAAAUAAUCACAACGUGUUCGAGAGCGAGUGACAAACGCCGUGAUCCGCGAUCCGAGUUCCCGAGUUCCGUGUCCGAUCCGCUUCCGAUUCUGAUCCGGGGAGAUGUCUGCCACCAACGGCAACCACUACGAGCAGCUGCACCAAGGCCGCACCAAGAUGUACAAGUCGAAGGUGGACGUUGUCCUGGGCGCCCAGUGGGGCGACGAGGGCAAGGGCAAAGUGGUGGAUAUGCUGGCCUCAGAGGUGGACAUUGUUUGCAGGUGUCAGGGCGGCAAUAACGCUGGACACACUGUGGUGGCCAAUGGCACGGAGUUCGACUUCCAUCUCCUGCCCAGCGGCGUUGUGAACGAGAAGUGCGUCUCCGUGAUUGGCAACGGCGUCGUCAUCCACCUGCCCUCGCUGUUCGACGAGGUGCUGAAGAACGAGGCCAAAGGGCUGCAGCAUCUAGAGAACCGGCUGAUCAUCUCGGACCGUGCCCACCUGGUGUUUGACUUCCACCAGCAUGUCGAUGGCAUGCAGGAGGCGGAAAAAGGUGGCAAGUCGCUGGGCACCACCAAGAAGGGUAUUGGCCCGGCCUACUCCAGCAAGGCUACUCGCAACGGCAUCCGUGUCGGCGAGCUGCUUGGCGACUUUAACCUGUUCAGCGACAAGUUCAAGUCGAUUGUGGCCACGCACGUGCGCCUGUUCCCAUCGAUUAACGUGGACGUGGAGGCGGAGCUGGCCCGCUACAAGGACUACGCUGAGAAGGUUCGUCCCUAUGUCAAGGACACCAUCUGCUUCUUGCACACCGCCCUGCGAAAUGGCAAGACGAUCCUUGUUGAGGGCGCCAACGCGGCGAUGUUGGACAUUGACUUUGGCACGUACCCGUAUGUGACGAGCAGCAACUGCAGCAUUGGCGGCGUCCUUACCGGCUUAGGUCUGCCCCCGCAAACGAUUGGCGAGGUGAUUGGCGUGGUCAAGGCCUACACGACGCGAGUGGGUGACGGUCCUUUCCCCACCGAACAGCUGAAUGAAAUCGGUGAAUUGCUGCAGACACGAGGCUUUGAGGUCGGCGUUACCACGAAGCGUAAGCGCCGCUGCGGCUGGCUUGACAUCCCGCUGCUGAAGUACACCUCGUUGGUCAACGGCUAUACGUGCAUCUGCAUCACCAAGCUGGAUAUUCUGGACACGUUGCCGGAGAUCAAGGUGGCCGUAAGCUACAAGAAGCCCAAUGGCGAGAAGCUCGACCACUUCCCAGGCACCAUCGCCGAGCUAGGCGGCAUUGAGGUGGAGUACGCCGUGCUGCCAGGCUGGCAAACGUCCACCGAGGAAGUACGCAACUUCAAGGAGCUGCCCGAGAACGCACAGAACUACGUCCGGUUCCUGGAGAGCGAGUUGAGCGUGCCUGUGCGCUGGGUGGGUGUGGGCAAGGGUCGUGAGUCCAUCAUCAACGUUCAUUAGCUAAACCGCCAGUGUGCCGACGUACUUAUGCCUACGACUGUGUGUGUAUAUGAGACGGAAACGCUUUAAAGCCCAUUAGACCAUUAGGAGACUCUGAUCUGCUAGACGGCGCUUAACUAUCCAACCACAACUAAAGACCUAACCCCAACUAAUAUUUCGACUACCUACAACAUUUGGACACAAAUUAUUAGCUUAUUGCUUCUUUAAGUUUUAAUUCUUAAUUUUGAUGUUCACAAAUUCAUUUUUGAGCGUUGCCUCCUGGGCACGCACGCAUAUAUAUAUAUACUAUA